AUGAGGAUUUUCUUUUUAGAAACAUUCCUGGAAUAUGGGAUCUUGAUGAAAGAAAAAAAUGUAUUAAAAUAUUAUGCAGAAACUGCUUUGAAAGAUGUGGAAAUUAUUAAAGAAAUUUAUCAAAAAUGGCGCGACCAUAACAAAGAAAUUAAUGAAGACAUAAGAGAAAAAUUACUCAAAGUAUUAGAAGUAUUUGAGGGUGAAGAAUCAGUA